ACACACUUUCGCCAAUCUUGCGCAUGCGUCGUCAUCUCGAGCGGCAGAACAUCAUGGCUUCCUCCAGUACAGUUUUCAAAUGUUUGGUUUAAUUUUAUGCUAAAAUAUAACAAUGUCGGACCCUGUUCAGUCGGAAGCCCUUCAGGACCGACUGGACCGUCUACAGGAGCUGACAGAAUUUACUGAGACGUGCCAGAAACAGUUAAAGGAACUAUUUGAAACGCUGGGAUGGUCGCAGGAGAACGACGAGGACUUCAAUCAGGAACCAAUGGAGCAAUGUCCUUAUGACUCCAACCACAUAGUCCCAGUCAGAACCUUAGAAAAACACAAAGCUUCCUGCAUCCUCCGGAAAAUGGGUUACUCUGCUGAGGAACAGGAAGAGAUGUGUGAUCCUUCUGUCUGUUACGAAAACAGAAACAUCAAAACUUUUUUAAUGGACAAAUCAACCCAGCACCAGGUUAUCCUAAAGGCGAGAUCUGCAGCUCCACUGAUGAAGAUGGAAGGAGUCUUCUGGCAAGGUCAGUACUCUGGCCAGCCCGUCGAUGUGCCACAGAACCACAAGCGAGCGGUGUGUGACCUCACUGUUGCAGACCGAUUGGCUCUUUACGAUCACGUGGUCGGCGUCCUCGGCCAGCAGAGUGAGGCUGCGUCUUCCAACGAGGAUCUCUACGUAGAUUUGGUUUCAAAACUUAAAAAAGAUGAACAGCAGAAUGAGCCAAAGAGUCACCUGGAGCUGAUGGCAGAGAUGAGGGACUACAAGAGGCGACGUCAGUCCUACAGAGCCAAGAACGUCCACAUCACUAAGAAAUCCUACACUGAGGUAAUCAGAGAGGUGAUCAGUGUCCAUUCAGAGGAACUUACCAGGCAGUGGAAGGAGGAGGAAGAGGAGAAGCACUCAUCUAGAUCUGCUCAAUCUCCUCCAGGUCGCUGGCUGGAUAGAAGACGGUCGAAAUCCUCAGAGUCGCGUCAUUCGCACGGUAAGCGGCGUCGCAGCCGAGAACGAAGUCGAGAACGAAGCCAAGACAAAGACAGGAAGAAGAAGAAGAAAAGGAAGGAGAGGGAUUCCCGAUCCCCUGAUGGCCACCACCAUGACAGGAAGAAGAAGAAGAAAAAGAAAGAUGACAGGGAGAAGGACAAGUGAGAACGCUGGCUCUUCAGCAUCAAAACGUCUGUCUGCUGAAACCUGCUGCUGUCAUCAGUUUAUUUGCUAACUCUGAUUUUUACAAAAAAUGUUAAUAAAGAUUUGUGCAAACAAUCUUUCA